AUGGCGAUUGUAAUCUUGAGUCGAGGAAAAUGCGGUCUCUCCAAGUGCAUCUCCCGUUACCUGGUGGGGAUGGCAGCGGCUGACUUAAUGUGCACUGUCGUCGCUGUCGUUAUCGAUCAGAUCAAUAAUAUUUAUGUUUAUGCCGCUCCUUUGCUCAUUACCCCGAUCUGCGCCGUGGUAUUUGUCCUGAGGCUCGCAGCCAUGGACUGUUCUGUUUGGCUCACGGUGGCUUUCACGUUCGAUCGCUGCAUUGCGAUCUGCAGCCAGAAGCUGCGGGAACGGUACUGCUCCGAGAGGACAGCGACCGUGGUGAUCGCGAUUGUGGGUUUGGGGAGCUGUGCGAGGCGUGUUCCAUUUUACUUUACGGUAGAUCCAUACCUCAUCAUUGACAACGUUCCCUGGCGCUGCAUGAUCAAAGCGGACUACAUGACUUUACCAGCGUGGAAAGCAUACCAGUUGUUUAACAGUAUCAGUACAACUUUAUUGCCGAUCGGAUUAAUUCUACUAUUCAAUACUUUAACAGUCAGCCAUAUAGUAGCGUCGAACAGAGUCCGCCGGGGGCUCAGGAGCGGCAGCAGGGACAAGAAGGAUCCGGAGGUGGAGAACCGCAGGAAGUCGGUGAUAUUGCUGUUCGCUCUGUCGGCCAAUUUCAUCGUGUUGUGGAUCCCCCUGAUCGUGUACACCACUAACUGGCAAGCUCAGAACUACUUUUACACAGACCGAUAUCUGAGUACCCCGACGUACAUCCUGCAACAGUGUGCCUUCAUGCUGCAGUUUCUCUGCACCUGCACCAACACGUGCAUCUACACCCUGUCCCAGAGGAAAUUCAGGGAGCAGCUGAAGAAUGGGAUAAAAGAUCUGGCCACGUUAAAUGGCCGGCUUUGCAAAGUGACACACAAGUAG